CACGAGUCCGUCAGUCGCGCUCGAGACUCCGAGGUGGGAGGUUUGUUUUAUUGUUCCGCGAUUUUGUAUCGUCGUUGUCGUCGUUCGAAACGUCGUUGCCACUGUGAACCGUGUUGCUUAUUAUAUUCUUCCUUAAAGACAUUUCUCAAAUAGAUAUAAACUUAAACUUUUCAUACGUUUUAUUUUUUCUAAAGAAAGAGAAAAAAGAGUUUCGAAGGUCGGCGGUCCGACGCGCGACGAUUACGCGAUCUCGCGGCUGAUUUUCGUGCCAUGCAUGGCAAGAAGAGCCACGAGGAAGCAUAAUUUUUUACAAGAACUAUCUUUCCGUAACUCUUUUCAUUUGUCAUUACUUGCGUAACCGUUUACAAUCUUACCAUCACAUUGUCUACUUCCUUGAAUUGAAGAAACAACAAGGACUGCUCGGAGAUAUAACCGAGCGGUGAAAAAUCUUCGACGAUUCUUAAAUGGAAAUGCGCACCGAAGAUCGAUCAGAAUUUAUUCACCAAUGACACAUUUGCCGGUGACGAGGUGACGAUCGAUUCGGUGACACGUUUCGACCCAAAUCGAUCGAAGAUGGCUAAAAGUUCCGAAAGAUUACCUGGUACUUCUUCCAGAUUAAGAACUAGAGACGACGGUUGCUGUUCGGUCAAUUUUCUUAAAUAUGUUUUACAUAUUUACAAUGUCGUCUUAUUUUUAUCCGGAUUUGUGGUGGGCGGUAUUGGCAUUUGGACGGUCGUCUCGAAACACAGUUACAUAUCUCUCAUGACAACGUCGACGUAUCCAAGUCUCGCUUAUGCCCUCAUUGUCGCAGGUAUUUUGGCUGUUAUUGGAAGCUGGUUAGGAUGUGGUGGAGUUACUACAGAAAACAGAUGCGUUCUUCUAAUUUACGUUUUCGUCGUAAUGGCAGUCCUCGUAUUAGAGGCAGGCGUAGGCGCAUUGGCACGUCUCUAUGAGGAACAAGUAGGUCCAGAAUUAAAGAUGAACCUCAAUCGAACCUUCCUUGAGAAUUAUUCUAUAAGAUCGAGAGAAACUACUGCAAUCGAUCAAAUGCAAAAGGAAUUUAAAUGUUGCGGUGCUCUUCGAUUUGAGGAUUGGUUAGCCAGUGAAUGGCACAAGGACGAGGAAGUCCUUAAAAAUGGAAGCCUCGUGCCCGAUAGUUGUUGCAAAACACCGACAGUACUUUGCGGGAGGAGGGAUCAUCCGUCUAACAUUCAAUAUACGGGCUGCAUUUACAAGUUUCUUGAGACGACCAAGGAUCAUCUGAUUAUUCUUGGUGCCGUCGGUCUUGGUUUGUCCGUCCUCGAACUUUUUGGUAUAGUUCUUGGUUCGUGCCUCUAUAUCAAACUCAGACACGAUUUCGAUGAUUGACAAUGACAUUUUUCACGAAGACAACUCUGACGACUAAGAGAAAUUAAUAAAAAAAAAGAAAAAAAAAAUUAAAAAAGAAGAAAAUAAAAAACACACAUACAUGUAAAGCGAAAAUAAUCGACAUUUCGCUUUUAAUUUCGAUUUUUCGAAAUUAUCGAUUUGGACUUAUUGGUCUUCGAUUAUCGAUCCUUUCUGCUCAAAUUUGUUAGCAAUUUUACUUGGAGUCUAAAAAAAGAUUCCGCAUGACCAAUAUGAUAGCUGAAUAGAAAGAGAGAUAGAA